AAGGUUCUGGAGGGCUGGCGGGAUCUGGAAGCUUCCGCCGGACGGGUAUAUAGAGUCCGGGACGGGGCAGCUGGGGAGCCGGAGGCGGCGAUAGCUGGGCGGCGGUGGCCAUGGGCAAGGACUAUUACCAGACGCUGGGCUUGGCCCGCGGCGCGUCCGACGACGAGAUCAAGCGAGCCUACCGCCGCCAGGCGCUGCGCUACCACCCCGACAAGAACAAGGAGCCCGGCGCUGAGGAGAAGUUCAAGGAGAUCGCCGAGGCCUACGACGUGCUCAGCGACCCGCGCAAGCGCGAGAUUUUCGACCGCUACGGAGAGGAAGGCCUAAAGGGUGGUGGCCCCGGUGUUGGUAACAGCGGUGGUGCUAAUGGUACUUCUUUCAGCUACACAUUCCAUGGAGACCCUCAUGCCAUGUUUGCUGAGUUCUUCGGUGGUAGAAACCCCUUUGAUACCUUUUUCGGGCAGCGCAACGGGGAGGAAGGCAUGGACAUCGAUGAUCCGUUCUCUGCCUUUCCCAUGGGUAUGGGUGGCUUCACCAAUGUGAACUUUGGACGCACCCGCCCUGCCCAAGAGCCCUCCCGAAAGAAGCAAGAUCCCCCAGUCACCCACGACCUCCGGGUCUCCCUUGAAGAGAUCUACAGCGGCUGUACCAAGAAAAUGAAAAUCUCCCACAAGCGACUGAACCCUGAUGGAAAGAGCAUUCGAAAUGAAGAUAAGAUCCUGACCAUCGAAGUGAAGAGGGGCUGGAAAGAAGGGACCAAAAUCACAUUUCCCAAGGAAGGGGACCAGACCUCCAACAACAUUCCAGCUGACAUCGUCUUUGUUUUAAAGGACAAGCCACACAAUAUCUUCAAGAGAGAUGGUUCCGAUGUCAUCUAUCCAGCCAGGAUUAGCCUUCGGGAGGCUCUCUGUGGUUGCACUGUGAACGUUCCCACUCUGGACGGCAGGACCAUCCCUGUUGUAUUCAAAGACGUCAUCAGGCCUGGAAUGCGGCGGAAAGUUCCUGGAGAAGGCCUGCCUCUCCCCAAAACACCUGAAAAACGUGGGGACCUUGUUAUCGAGUUUGAAGUCAUCUUUCCCGAAAGGAUUCCCCAGGCAUCCAGAACCCUCCUGGAGCAGGUUCUUCCCAUCUAGCCGCCUGCAUUCCCCGAGGACUGAGCAGGGACUUUUCCAGACCGUUCACUGGUUACAUACUGUGGGAGGGCCCAGGGAGGGCUUCUGCUCUGCCGAAUGUUUUCCACAGAAUAUAUUACAAUCUUUCAAAGUCGCGCACUAGACUACAGUGAUUUUUUUGAGCGAUAGCAGCCCUCCUGGAAUGGAGCCACCCUCUGCACCCCAGCUCCUGCUCGAGGGUAUGAGGCAGGCCUGCAACUAGACUCACCCCUCUGCUGUCCUUUAGUUUCUGGCUGCCAUCUCGGGUGCCAGACCCUGUGCACUAGUCAGUCUCCACUGUGUGAGAGGUUCUUGUUUUCUUAUGUAUUUGUCCCAAGCCUUGUUUCUCCCCAAAAGAAUCCUGUCUUGUCUUGGCCAUCUCAAAUUGAGAGCAAUUCAGUAGGACUGCCAGGCCAGCAUCACAAGCAAUACCUGGUGACAGGGCCACAGGGCCAGCCUCAGGUGGGCAAGUCUCACUGCCACCUCCUCCAGGUUUGAGACUUGAACGACCAGGAAAUUCCUGGACUUCUGGCUCUGUUGAAGUCAGCUGGUUGGCUUAUGUCACGGUGUUUGUAGGCCCAAAGGUAGUCCUUGGCCAUACCUGGGACUUCAGAGACCCAGGUGAUUUUUUUUUGUGUGUGUAAUGGACUCUGAACUCUCAAAAGGAUACAUUCCUUUUGAAUUUUGCACAGCCCGAAAUAUAAUCCCUUUAUAUAAAAGGGUCUUUGCUUCUGAUGAAAGGAGCACUGGAACGUCUGUAAAUAUGUUUUUAUAAUUCCAUUCGAAGCUGGUGUGCACUCAGAUGAACGCAGUCCCUGUCAACUACUGCUGUCCAGGGCUGUGAUGGAAGCAGACCUGGGAGUGAAGAUGUCUGUUCUUUGAAGCUAGCCCGGUGCUCUGACAUUUGACUCAUUGUAAGUUGCCACUAUGAACACAAGACCAAAGUGUGUGACUUGUCAUUAUGCAGCGUGACAGCAUUAAAGACUGAUGCUAAACCUCA